UGCUCCCAUGCAACUACUUGAGCCCUGGGGAUUACCUGCUGGGGACCCCACCUCCCUACAAUCCCCUAUUUCCAGUAACUGCAUUCCUGGCUGUUCUUAACUGGGCUUGAGGCUGGGCAGCCCUCCCCAGUCCUAAAAAUCCUGUAGCCCAGAAAGCACUGAGGGUGCAGCUUUGUCCUUGUUUUUAUGGCAAAUGUUUGCAUUUGUGGCUACCAAGGAGCUCCGUGGCUGCUCAGCCCCCUGGAUCUGACCAUCCCCAACGGGCUGUGCCCCUCUCCAGCCCCUCUGUGCCCAGCUCAGCCUGGCCCAUGGCUCUGCUGCAGAAUGGGAUUUCAGCAGAGAUGGGAACCCCGCUGGGUGCUACUUCUUCACUGCAGACCUCUUCUUCCCAGUGCUCUGCUCCAGUUCCUAAAGCAACACAUUUUGUUGCAAAAAAAAAAAAGACAUCGUAGGGGGAAAUAAUGAGUAGAAAUUUUAAUAAAACCAGCAAAGGAGAGGGGAAUUGGUGCUGGGAUGGUGAGGUAAGGGGAUGGGCAAAGAGCAGAUCUGCAGGGAGACUGCAGAGAUGGGGCAGGGAUGCAGCUGGGCUGAUGACCAGAAGGCUGAAUUUCACUGUAGAUAUUAAAGACUUAAAUCCCAGUAGGAACUCUGCAGCCGAGUAGCACAAAGACACAAAAAUUCAGAGACUCCCCUCCAUCUUGCCCCAGCAGUGAGCAGAGCUCAUGAUUAGGGUCCCACGGGAGCCGCUGUACCCUGGCAAGGUCACAAACGUCUCUUGUUUGUGUGAACAGACGGGUUCAGCUCAUCCCCCACCCCCUGUUCUUCCCAGACAGCGGCCCCAAACAAAGCAGGGAGGUGAUAAGCAGCACCUGGAUGCCUGCACACUCCCACAGCACUGGGGCUUUUGUUGUUGGCGAUGGGCUGCCAGGCACAGGCAUCCCACCUCCGGCGUGUUUACUGGGAGCAGCACCCAGCCCUGAGAACCCUGUCGUUUGGAACAAAGAGAGAAAAAGAAAGCCGCAGAACUGUUCAAGCGCUAAGCUUUUAGACUGCUGAUAUUCUUCUUUUCUUUCCAUUGGAUAAAUGCAGCUUGAAGUGCUGCAGUGCCGUGUCUCUAAAACUGCUAUAGUCAUAGAAUAGUUUGAGUUGGAAGAGACCCUUAAAGGACACCUGGUUCAACCCACUGCAGUGAACAAGGACACUGACAGAUCCAUCAGGCACUCAGAGCUUGGGGAACCCCCAAAAUUCAAAGCGUCUGCUUUGACAAGCCACUGUCACCAACCUCCUGGCAGCAUUUGAAGCCCGCAGUAAUGUGCCCCAUGCCCAAGGCUGUAACAGUAAUAAAUCCACCUCUAGGAGCACUCUGGUCCCAGCCAGGAGGUCGGAAGAUGGGCAGCGGUCGGCAGAGAGAGGUGGAAAAGGGGGGGACCCAGCCAUGGCAGCCAGCAGGACAACUCACUUGCAGUGGCACUUCUUAAAUGAAGGCCCUUGAUAAAAUGAGGUCCCCACAGCCUCUAUGGGUAGGUCCUCUUUUGGGAGUGUUGGAAAAGGGGAAAUCUGAGCAGGUGCUAACGAGGGGAAUCAGCCCCAGCAGGGGCCAGCCCUUUGGGUUCACUGCAGCCUUAAUGAGAAUACUGCACUCCAUCACUCCCUGAAAAUGCAAUCAAAAUCUGCCUGCCUCCUCUGAGUCACCACGUUGUAAUUCCCCUCCUCUCCCCUGCAGCCAGGUGUUCUCCCUUCCCUUUAUGUGCAGCUUGGAGCUGGGAUCAAUUUCCUUCGGGGCCACCAUGAACCACCCACCACCCCAAAACCUCUCAGUGCCCUUCUGGUGGCCACCACCCAAACAAAUGCACCAGCAAUGAGCAGAAACCGUAGAGAAUGAGGUGCUGCCAGCACAGCUCUGCCCAGUGGCUGCACCCUGUGUGAAGGGCUGAGCACUUAAAGGAAGGAAAUGUGCUGGAAAGUACUGAAAUGACCUCUGGGCUGCUCCUACCAGGAAAGAGUUAAGGAACGAUUCAGCCAACCCUACAUUUUACCGUUCGCCGCAAGGCUCUGGGUGGUUGUAGCAGGAAAUUGUAUUAAACAAGAGGGGUGGGGGGGAAACGUGUCAGAGCAGCUUUGAACAAUCUGGUGAAAAUGUGAAAAAACUCCACCAAAUGAGAUGCUAAAUCCUUUUUUCCAUUCACUCCCUGACUCACAGCUCCGGGGGGGGGUCCAUGUCCGCAGGUGAGAUGCCUGGGAGUAGAGGGAGGGGGGUCCCCAGAGGCCCUGUGGGCAAGAGCCAGGAAGGAACCCCAGCAAAGGGAGAGAAGAAAAUGACACCAAACAAGUAAUUUCUUCCCAAAGAUGGAAAUACUGAGGGCUCACGGGCCCCGCUUCCCACCGCUCCCUGCGCUUCCACACCAUGUUUUUCGCUGCUCAAAUCCCAAACCACUCUCAUGCUUCAAAUCCUUCCCCUAUAACUUCAAUAUUUCUGCGAACGAGGCACUCAGUGUCAAAGCUCAGGGCCAGGUGGGGAGCCCGAGCAGAAUUUCCUUACUUUUGCGGUUUGUAAGCCACUAAAUUUGUUUGAGGUUUCUUGCUGUCGUCUUCAAAGCAUUCUGCGAUGCCUCUCUCGUGUGCUUCAUGGAGGGCUCUCAGCAUUUUCCAGGCCCAGGACAGAAUGCCUCCUGCACGAGGACGGUUUGCAACGCGGUGAACCCCGGAGGCUGCAGCUGAUUUUGCUGUCUUCUGUUGAGGCAAUCGGCGGAGUGCCUGAAGCUGCAUCUUCUCAUUGAGAGCGCAACUUGAUUUUGACAGAAAACAGCCGAGGGGUGUUGUUUUAUUCAUUUAGUGCCCUCCGAGCUAGCUUGCUGCUCUCUGAUUACUAAGGUCAGAUUUGACAGCAGGAGGAAAUGCUAGAUGCUGAAAUAGGAGGAAAUCAUUAAAAAGCAGCAAGCCCAGCCCGUCGCCCCGACACCUGAUUGUGAGAGCGGGGACCUUUCACCAGCCAACACCGGCAGCACCUGCGCAUAGUUGGGUUAUGUUGGACAUGGCCACCAUGGCCCGGCCAUGGCUCCGGCUCUGGCUCUGCCUGCAGCUCCCAGGUUUCUGCACAAAUCUACUUUCAUCCCGGACUCCAGGGCAUCUUUUGGCCCAAACAAACAACAGCACAGAAAUCGUUUGCUCGAUGAAGAGGGAGCACACCGGGGUCUACUGGUUCCGCUGGAACCAGGGCAAGCAAAACUUUGAGUUCCUGCUAUUUUCCAGUCCACUGGGAAAAGCCACGUAUGGCACAAACAUCAGCCAGGAGAAGUUCAGCAUCCGCGGGACGAGUUCCCACCCUUCCUACAGCCUGUACAUCAGCCGGCUGCAUGGCUCCGACAACGGCACCUACUACUGCUGCGUCAUCCAGUCCUCCCAGCUCAUCCUGGGCACUGGGACCCAGCUCAGUGUGGUCGAUGUUUUGCCUCUGCCUUCGAUGUCCACGCUGGCCCCGUUCACCAAGAAACCCAUGCGGUGCAAACCCAAAAACAAAGCCACCAGCAAGACAGGUGUCUGCAGCCCCCUGGUCUGGGUCCCGCUGGCCGCUGGUGCCCUGCUGCUCCUGCUGAGCCUGAUCUCCACUGCUCGCCGCUUCUGUCGUAAGCAUCGUGCCCCGGCACAGCCCGGGGUUGGGGUGGGGAGCGAGUGAGGAGAUGGGGGGACCCAAAGCUGAUCAGCACCAUCUCCCCACAGGGCUGCGGAGGAGGCUGUGGCUUCGAGCCCACAGGAAGUAAAUCUUGAUGGGAAAUGCUAUGGAGCAUCACCUGAGCAGUGCUGAGCCCUGCUAGGAUUCGACCCGGCGAGGGCAUUGCUCUGCAAUGGACUGGACCAGAUCCUGCAAUGUGCCGAGCCUUUCACAAGGAGACUUUGAGAGCACAGCAGCUGGUUCUGCACUGAGACCGAGGGACCAAAUGGGUGCAGCCAGGCUGGAAAGAUGCUCCGGGCUCUGUGCUGGUUGAUGACUUUUGUAAGGAACACUUUGAGAGGUGAUUUCACACCUCAUAAAGAUGUUAGAAAUGGUAAAUAUAUCGUUUAGCUCUGCAGCCUGGCGCCUUGCAGCCCUGAUUUGUGUCAACAAGUGGCUACGAGCACGGCGAGGAGCUGGGGAGCGAGCAGGGGUUAAAGCAUGCAAAAAGCUGCGGGGGGAGCAGGGUGCUCAGCCUGCAGACAGACACAGCCCGUCCCAAGGCCGAGCACCGCACGGAGCAGCAGCUGAUAACCGGCAGAGGAGCCCGACAGCACGGCACUGCUCCAGACACGGCACUGCUCCAGCCACGGGGAUGUGCAGCCGGGGUGCUGUGCCCCUGCAGCACCAGGGUGCUGAGCACAGGGCGGCUUUCCUCCCCUCUCAACACAGCAGCCAGCACACCUCUCCUCGGCUCCACCAUGCCCAUGACAACACUAACCUCACCAUCCUGGAAAAACCCUUUUAUUUUUGAUUUUAAGGAGAGAAAUCAGCCCUGAAUGGCAGUGCCACAUCCCUGGUGCACAGUGGCCAUGGUGGCUGGGGCACAGGGAUGGUCCCCAGCACGCCACCAGGCACACGCACUGCACUGGCUGUGCUCUUGGUGCAGAGAGCAGGCAAUUUUUAUGAGUUUUAUGACACACAUUUUUUUAUGCAAUAGCUACAAGGAAACACCUCGAAGUUCAUUCUGGCAAAAAUGCAGCUCUGUGCUGGGCAUUCACCUCUGGCUCCCUUUCCACGGGUGAAGCACUGUAACAGGCAGCGAGGAAUCUGCUUCACGUCUGAGUUCCCCAACUAGGUUGCUCCAUUAGAGCUCAAAUAAAAA